AUGGCGGACAAGAGCGCCCUGUGGUCCGAUAUUGAGGCCAACUACUGGGCCCAGCUCAAAGACGUGCGCCUGGCGGAGGACAAGGAGAUUGCCGAGGAGCGGGACCAGCUGGUCGAGAGCCGCAAGAUCAAGCUGACCAAGCUCUACCACGAGCGCCACCAGCUUGCCACUGCGCUCAGCAACAUCCGCAAGCAGAUCAACGAGGAGGAGACCGAGCUCGACGAGCUCGAGCAGUCGUACGAGGACCUGCGCGACAAGGUGCUCGACGAUCGCCAGAAGGACGACGAGGACCGCCGCGCCUGGUUCCGGCGGCAUCGCGGAAAUGGCGGCGCCAACGAGAAGCGGGCUGGUGGGCAGGAGGAGGUCGUCGACGUGGACAUGGGCGAGGACAGCGUCAAUGGGGCCAGCAGCAUCGACGCAUCUAAGGACGGCGUACGACAACGGCUGUACGAGGAACCUCGAGGAAACAAUCUGUCAUCAGCACCGCCAGAUGGGCCCCAGAACUACGCCUACAGCACUGCAGACCCGUCCGUGGCCCCUGAGGAGCCGAAUGCUGUCGAGGUGUGGAAUGCAGACGGGGCCAAGAUCGGCCGCGUAGAGCACAUCGGCUUCAGCAAUCAAUGGGUGGACAAGAUUUUGAAGAUGCCCAUCAGGCGUCGCGUGCAGAUUCGGGCUGGUCGGAAGAUGACGCCCGAACAGCUGGAGAGCAUCUACGAACCUAGUGACAGUAAGGGUGCUAAGUGGUUGAGCUGCAUGAUCCAGGCCACAGGCCAGAUUCAGGCGGAGCCGUGCCGCAGCUGCUCUAAAGGACCAGCUGUAUUCUCCGACUGCGUGAUCGUCGGAGGGCCGGAUUUCCCAAAGUGUGGCAACUGCGAAUGGAAUCGCCAGGGCUGCCAAGGUGCGACUCCCGGUCCUCAGCCUCUGCAGAACAGUAGUCAGUCGCUGUCUCCUAGCACGGGAUUCAGGUACGCCCAGAAUGCAUUCAAUGGAAGCUUCACGGCUGUCAACGAUCUGGCUAGUAGGAAUUCCACGCCGAAGGGGUCACGGCAUUCGUUGCCAAACGGAGCCGGCAAGCAUCAGCCUCAAGCCUCUCAGCAGGAUCCGGGCACGCCAGCGAGCGAUGGCGAGGACGAAGGGGUAGAUGAUACGAUCAUGGAUGCGGGCCCCGAGAUAACGCGCGAGACGCUCACGCUGCGUCAUGACGGCACUAUGUAUACGGCACCCGAGAUCAUGCGCGGCGUCCCCAUUGCUCGAAUCACGCCAAGCCAUCCGUACUGGGAACCCAGCUGGAAACCCCUCGAAGAGUCCAUCCAAGCGCGUCUUGAUUCAUGGAGGGAAAAGCUCGCUCAGCAGCUGCGUGACAAGGAAAAGCACUUUAUGGCAGGGCGUCAAGUCAACCGUGGCACAGCUAUCAUGGACUUUUUGAAGAACGGCUCCAUCCACCCGUAUCAGUUCAUCGCCAAGCCAUGGUUCACCACAAGUCUAUUCACAUACGAUACCGUUUAUCGGCUUGUUGCUAUUCUCGAUGAGCUUCCUAAACUUGGUAUCACAGUAUCACCUCUUGAUUGGGCUCGUCAACGGAUGCACGAGCUCUAUUUGGAACAGGGAGAGCAGUUCAACGUGGCCAAGACAGUUCAUGACUUCUACCAUGACCCGAAGCUCGCAUAUCUACGGCACAAGGCCGGACACCGAAGCAUUGGCCGACCUGCCGGUAUGAAGCGUGGAGAAAAACGCGGCAAUCAUCGAAAGGUGAGCCAGAAGCGUAAGGAAUCGGCGUCAGUAUCAGCAACCCCUGAUGGGAAGAGGAAGAAGCGGCGGUAUUCGUCCGCGGGCAGCUCACACCACGGAACGCCUUUGGAACGGGAACAGCCUCCUGACUUGGCCAUGAUGCCGCGCCAUAGCGGUAUCCCACCGAUUCAGCCACGACCUUCCGACCUACCUAGUGCGCCAUUGCAGCAGACUCCCGUUCUUGGCAGCACGGGUGUUCCUGGGCGAUCCUCAACAGUGUCGGACGUGCCGGACGACUUCGAGACCAGCGGCUACACCACCAGCGACUCAUUUAGCAGAGACAAGGUGAUGAAAGUCGACUGGCGCGUGUACCAGAUCAAGACGGCGUCUCAGACGACCAAUACAGAGAUUACGCAGUACUGGCACUGGGUCGACACCGUCCAAGACGACGACGGGACCAAGAUCGAGCACAUGUUUGAGCACCAGGUGCUGCGCGACGUGGAUCCUCCCAGCUGGGGCGUCUACAAGGAGCCCAUCGACUUCCACCUGCGGCUCAAGGAGAUCGAGUACAUUGAGUGGGCGCCCGAGUGCCAGAAGAUCAUUGUCCACACAAAGGAGAUCCCGGACGUUGAGUACCGGGGGAAUGUGCUGGCGCACUUCAAGCGGAACCGUACGAAGAAACGGUUCCUGAGCUUUCUCAACCGCAGAGGCGUGGAUAUCAGGAAAGGCGACGCGUAA